AUGGCACAGCACGUGCAAGCCACUUUGAGAUUUGCGAACAAGCAUAAUAUCAGGCUCACUAUUAAAAAUACUGGACACAACCCCGAGAAGAGCUCGGGGUAUGGAAGUCUAUCUAUUUGGACACACCACAUGAAACACAUCGAAAUUCAUCGGUACUUCACUCCCACUAAAUGCCGUUCAGCUGAGAGCCCUUUCGGGGCAGCAAUUGUUGGCGCCGGUGUUCAAGAUGGCGAGAUCCUCCAGUACCUGGCGAAGAGAAACCUGACAACAGUCGUUGGAUCGAACAUGGACGUCGGCGUUACCGGAUGGGCAACUGGCGGCGGCCACGGUAUUCUAACCGGAGUCUACGGCAUGGGUGCCGAUAACAUCAUCGAGGCGAACAUCGUCACUUCACAGCGCGAUAUCGUUACUGCCAAUGAAUGCCAGAACAGUGAUAUAUUCUGGGCCAUCCGAGGUGGUGUGGUAGCUUUGGUGUCAUUCUGA